CCAAUCAAACCCACCAAGGAUCUGUCAAUCAAACCAACGUUUGUCCGCAAGCUAGCCUUUGAGUUAAGAAAACAGGCACAAAUACAGAAUUCCCUGAAUCCAUGUUAUGGGUGGUGUAAAGCAAGAGCAGACUGAUGCUCCUGCAUCUAAAGACACUCAACUGACUGAUUCGCCGCAGGAAGAGAACCAAUCGACUUCACAGCCGGUAAAGAAGCGAGGUUGGCCAAAAGGAAAGAAGAGAAAGAAGGUAUUGCCAAACGGCCCCAAGGCUCCGGUUACCGGUUAUGUCCGUUUCUUGAAUGAGAGACGGGAGCACAUCCGGGCCCUUCAUCCAGAUCUUCCCUUUCCAGAAAUCACCAAGAGACUCGGGGCAGAAUGGAGCCGCCUGGCACCUCAUGAUAAACAGCGUUACCUUGAUGAAGCCGAAAGGGACAAAAUGCAGUAUGCACGAGAGCUCAGGGAGUAUCAGAAAAGUGAAGCUUAUCAAAUCACGUGUGCAAAAGUUCAAGACAAGAGAAUUAAGAGAGAGGAGUUGACUUCUGUCAUUAUUAACGCCAACAGUUCAGGAUCUACAGGUUUUAAGAACUCAGACUUUACCGCCAGAUUUGAUGUCCCUAUUUUCACAGAAGAAUUUUUGGACCAAAACAAAGCGAGAGAAGCAGAGCUGCGGCGUUUGCGCAAGGCUAAUGUGGAGUUCGAAGAGCAGAAUGCGGUUCUCCAGAAGCACAUUGCCGACAUGUUCAGUGCUAAAGAGCGACUGGAAGCUGAGCUAGGCCAAGAUGAGCUUCGUACACAGGCCCUACAGCGUCACCUACAGGCAAUCAAACAGACGCUAGUCAGCAGCUUGGCUACUGUGCCUUUACCAGGCACUGGUGAAACACCGUCAAUUGGAACGCUGGACUCAUACCUGAGUCGCCUGAGCAGUGCUUUAGAGAGCAGGCCUCAUGAGCAUCGUGCCUUAGUCCUUAAGCUACAAGAGCUCUUAGCUCACCUGGACAGUGAGAAGCUUUGAUUGGUGGGAUCUAAAGGAUCCGGCUGACCAAAAGCAUUCAGAAGGCUCGGGACCCCAGUGCUCUGCCUCAAAUGCCUAUAACAAGAGCCAAACGGUUGAAUUGGUUAUUUUCAGAUGGCUUGCUCUACAAUAAGCUCAUUUCACUGGUAACACUGGUGCUGAAGGAUUCUAAACUUAUUGACAUUAACUUUUAUAAUGCUGUUUUGACAGUUACAGCCACUCAUGGGAAGACUUAAGUCCAUUUAUAUCCACUGAAAGCAUGGUUUAAGGAUAAUGAUGUUUGCUAAGAUGAUUUAAUGAAAUGUGCAUUUACUAUUCUUACUAUGUCAUAAUAUUUUCUGAAUUUAAAUUUAUUGUUAUUUUUGGUCACAUUCCCAUUUGAACAGUUGGCAUUACAAAGGGUGAUGAAUUCUAGCAUUAAAAUAUUGCAGGUGUCAGAGUUUACACUGCUUUGCUGAUGUUUUUGAAUUGAUUUUUUUUAUUAUUAUUAUUAUUAUUAUUAUUGUAUGAAUUAUUUUAAUACAGAAAGAGAACAUGGGGUGUAAAAAAAGAUAAUAAAAUCCAGCAUGAAUUAGUCUAUUUUAAAUGAUUUCAUUAUUCAGAUAUCUAGCUCACUGUAUCCAGUAGAGGGUGACACUGACCACACCAUGAAACCCAAUAAUCUGAAAAAAAAACCUCCUGUGUCUUUUGAAAUUACAUUGUUAGAAUAUCAUAAAACUAAAUUUAGCUGUUUUAUAUUCUCUUUCUGAAUGCAGUGACUUAUAAGAUAUAUAUAAUGAUUUAUAAAUGACAUUAACCAGCAACAUGUGUAGUAAUUACCAUUAUUAUCAAAGAGAAAUUCCAUAUUUUAGUAAAUGCAGCUAAAAAUAUGUAAAUUAAGAAUAAAUGAUAAAUAAAUCGUUAGUCUUUACUCCAGUUAGACGGCAUAGACUAAUUUUCACUGAUGUUAAAUGUAGUGACGAUAAAUUAAGGCCAUUUCACAGCUUAAAAUUAUACACUAUUAUACAACCCCAACAAUCAACUUUAUCAAACGAAAUGUGUAGUUAACUCAAUUUACUGAAUUCUACUCAAGUUCACAGUACUCCUAUAGAUUAGUUUUUUUCAACUCAAAUGGACUGUUUUAACUUAUCGAGUUUUACAGUACCCAAUUUGUUGGGUUUUACUGUACUCAGAUUGCUUCAUUUACUCAAAUGGAUUAAGUUCACAGUACUCAUUAGGAUUAGUUUUUGAACUUAAAUGGUUUGUUGCAAUCUGUUUCCUCAAAUGUUUUGAGUUACCUUAACUUUUUGGGUUUUACAGUGCAGCUAUAACAACAAUGUUGACAUCCAGUUUGGUUAAGCUGCUGCAGAUACGGUUGUGGUGUGGUGUUUUUUUAUAUUUUGAAUUAUUUUUGUAGCUGUAUUUUCAUGAUUAUUCUUUACACUGGCUUACACUUUAUUUUAAUAAUCAACAGUUUAUUUUGUUAACAGUACACUCUACUGAAUUCCAUUAACUAUUGUCAUAUACAAUAGAUACUUGUACAGUCAAACCAAACAUUAUUCCGACACCUUCAACAUUUCUCGCAUUAUUACAGUUUGCUAUAAUGUAUAAAAAUGAUCAAAUAUAUUAUAUAAACUAGGUCAGAUACAUUUGAUAGAAAGGCACAGUAUGAAUUACUAUGAACCAACAAUAAUUCAGACAGCAUUUACUAUAAUAUUUACCCAAUUAGCAAUACUUUGUUGUCAACCUUUAGCCUCAAUGACAGCCUGUAGUCUCUGCUGUCCACAAUAUUCAUCAAACCUGAAACUUUUUCACGUUUUGUUGGUUUGUAGUUCAACCUUAUGAAUAUUUUGGGGGUCUAAUAUGUCACUGUUUACUUUAUUUGCUAUACUCACUUACAUAAAUCACCUGCACUGUCCUGCACCCACUAUCUAAAAAAUCUAAUUGUAUGUGGUGUGUGUGAAUAAUUUAAGGUUUGACUGUACAUAAAUCCUGUUACACUGGGCCAUAAUAAUUCAGUGACGGAGAAUGCAUAAUGGGCAACAUCGUGAGUGCCUUUCACAACCACACAUUAAUCCUUGACGUCCAUUGACUUUCUGUCAGAGUUGGGCAGCAGUCAUUCACUGUUAGCAGAUACCAUUGAAAUGAAUGAGAAGUGGCGUAUGCUGGAUUUUACCGUCACAAAAUUAUCUCAGACAUAAGUAAUAAAACAGUGAUUUUCCCGACGUCAAAUAGAUCAAUUUAAAUGUAAUGUUUAAGGGCAAAAACAACAAAUAUUCAUUACAUACCAGCCCAACUUGUUCAUUUUACCUGCAUUUUUGGCUUAAGAUUGCAGGCUUGCCUGUCUUCAAUAUUGGAACAGUUAAACCUGGUCCAUGAACACUUGAGAAUAAGCUGAUUGCAACCAAAGUUAUACGCAUAUUUAUGUCUAGAAGAAGUUAAUGAAAUUUUCUUAACUAACAUAAUACAAAUAAGACAAAGGCCUGAGUCACCAUUCACUUUCACAGCUUCUUUUUCGAAAAAUAACAUUGGAGAAUAAAGCAGUUAUUCUCUCAUUAUAGAGAAUGGGAAUCUAUGUUAUGGUCAUGUUUUCAGACACGCUCAGAAGCGCACAAUGUAAACUGUGUUAAUUUACAAUAUAAAUCCUUCAAAUAUAAAGGACCAAUGUGUAAAAGACAUUGUGUGUCUGAGAAAUUUAAUAUAUGCAUUAUCUUAUAAUCUAUCCCCACUAACAUUCGUAGGCCUAUGAAUGAGCUACUGCAGGGGUUUUCAAACUUUUCAACCCGCGACCCCUUAAAUAACAACUCCAGUGACUCACUACCCCCACUAUGCUUGGAAGUGGUUAUAAACAUACAAGUAUUGCGCACAAUGAUGCACACACACCAAUAGGAACUAUAUAAACAUGAGCAUAUUGACAACACAAAGUCCACCAGUCUAACAACCAUAUCAUUUUCUAUAAUCAUUAUUCAUUUAAGUUUAAUAUUAACCUCACUUAAUGAGAAUGGUGGGAACAAUGUUUACAGCACAAGACUGUUCUUGGUAUAAUUUUGAGCACCGCCACUUGGAGAUCAUCCGCCAUGUUCAGUCGUGGCCUUUAUUUUGAAUGAGCGACAUAAAGGUGUCGUAGUUUAACAUUGUGCUGUAAAAUCAAUUUGCUGCAACUAACGCUAUUGCUGGGAUGUUAACCUGGCAUGAUAACACCAGGGGUCCCAAAUCCAAUGGAAAAAAAAAAUUAAAAGCCUGAUUGAUUUUUA